AUGCCGGGCUCCGCCUGCCUCCUUUCGGAAUGGGCGGGGCUACGGAGUGGUUGCCUUGGCGACAGUGGACGUCCCGUCGAGGGGAGUGGGGGAGGAGGAGGAGACAAGGAAGUUCCCGGAGUUUGCCUCAAGUUGUACCGUCGUCGCCAUGGGGGCCUCCGGCAGCCGCCUACCCCGAGACCUCCUGGGGAAUACCAGUACCCCACUCCCGCCUCGUCCCUUCGCUGUGCAGCUCGCUGGGCUGCCUUCGCCGAGGGGGGGGGGGGAACUAUGGACGUCUUCGCUGGGCUCUCUACCUUUCUCGCUGGCGGGGGUGGGGGUGGAGCUGAGGAGCAGAAGUUGUGUGAGCUGACCUUUCUUGACCAGCAAGAGAUCCUGCUGGCCCACAAGCGAUUCAGUGAACUGCUGCCCAAGGAGGACCGGGAUCAGGCUUUCACCACAAGGAUUCCCAAGAGCAAGAUUUUGAUGCUGCCUGAACUGCGGGCAAACCCCUUCCGCCACCGCAUUUGCCACGUCUUCUCUACUACGGAUGACAGGGAAGGCGGCCUGUCCUUUGAGGACUUUCUGGACAUGCUGAGCGUCUUUAGCGACUCUGCAACGCCAGAGAUCAAAUCGCAUUACGCCUUCCGCAUCUUUGGUGAGUUCCAGCCUGGUUGGGGCUUAGUCUGUGACAGAGAAAGCGGAAACACUUUGUUGGGAGACUUUCUGUGAGCCAAGAGUGCAGCUGCACUCUCUUUGAAAGAGCUGAAAUGCAAGAGCUGCGCAGGGAUACGGAUUGGCACACAG